GGCAACUUCCCCGGUGUAUCUAAUCUUGAGAAAAUUUCGAAGAGAAAGACAAGACAGACCUAUAUUAAGAAUAUCACUGUGUAAUUUACUGAUCAGUUGAAAUCGCAGCAAGAAUGCAGAGCUUACUCUUUCGUACUUUCGCCAUAUUGUGCCUCGUCUCCGGAAGUAUCGGGAGGGAAGGUUUCGGCCCUGGUGAACAAGAAUGGGGCUUUGUCAAAGUGCGUCCCUCCGCGAACAUGUUCUGGUGGCUCUACUACACCACGGCGGAUGUUAAAACGUAUCACGACAAACCACUGGUGAUCUGGUUGCAAGGUGGACCGGGUGCAUCUUCGACGUCAUUUGGGAAUUUCGAGGAGCUGGGUCCUUUGGAUCCCAAAUUGAAUCCGAGGAAUUACACUUGGGUCAAAGACUACAACGUCCUUUUCAUCGACAAUCCCGUCGGGGCCGGUUACAGUCAUGUUGAAAGUAUGUCAGCAUUUGUGAAGACAAACGCGCAAAUUGCGAGCGAUCUCGUAGAAUGCAUGCGUGGAUUCUACAAACAAUUACCGAGUUUCCAAAAUAUUUCAACGUACAUCACCACCGAGUCGUACGGUGGAAAGAUGGGGGCCGAGUUCGCCCUCGCUUGGUAUCGAGCGCAAAAGGCUGGCACUAUCAAAAGCAAUCUAAAAGGAGUCGCACUCGGAGAUGCUUGGAUUUCCCCUAUCGAUUCUGUGAUGACAUGGGCACCAUUUUUACUCAGCAUGGGUAUAAUCGAUACGGAAAGUUAUAAAGAAAUCGACGAAGCAGCGAAAGAGACGGAAAGCAAAGUCAAGACUAAUCAAUGGGCAAUGGCGACUCAAUAUUAUGCUUACACACAAAACAUCAUUUUGCAAAAAACUUACGACGUCGAUUUCUACAAUGUCCUCACAAAGAAAACUUUCGAGUCAUUUUCCCACUACUGGUUCCCAGACACAAAACCGCUGGAUAAGUCGCUCACGAACGAAGAAGCUACAGGCCGAUCCGAUUCCAAAAUGGAGACCUUCUCACUCGACAAAUUGAUGAAUGGCCCGGUAAAAACUGCGCUCGAUCUGCAAGUCACUCACGGCGUGCAGUCUUACUUGGUUUUCUUCUACUUGAAGGAGGAUUUUAUGAAACCCGCCACUCGCCAAGUGGAGAUGUUACUCGACGAGACCGACUUGCGCGUGUUCGUGUAUACCGGACAACUGGACCUGAUCGUUGACACGCCAGGCACUCUCCAAUGGGUGGAAAAGCUAAAGUGGAAAAAGGCCAACACCUGGAAAAACGCGGUCAGAUAUCCGCUCGUCGUCAACGACAUCAUCGAGGGCUACGUAAAGUCUCAAGAUAAAUUCAGCGUGUAUUGGAUCAACAGAGCCGGACAUAUGGUGCCAAAGGACAAUCCAGCAGCUAUGAAGGGAAUACUAUUCGACUUGACAAACGAACUUGAGCUUCCCACUGUAUGACCACAAACUGAUUCAUUUUUUUAUACAAAGUAGAUACUAUAAAUGCGCACUACUGCGCGCUAUUUGUCCCUCAAAUGUUUCUUAAAUAAUAUCGCAUUCAAGUAUCCACAAACUUGCACGCCAUCUAAUCAAGUCUUACGCAAUGCAUAUAGACGCAAUGCAUAUAGUCGUAUUGAUUUCAUGUACACAUAAAAAUUAAUAAACCCGUCACCUGAAA